AUGGUUCUCAUUACAACAAUCCUAUGGAGUUUGCUUCCUGAAACUUGUAAGUGUAAACCCUUAAAAAAACCAUACGAAGAAAGUAAGCUAAAAUAUUGAGAAUUCCUGUUUUUGUUAAUCACAGGAUCAUUCUUGAUUUAUACUUUUGAGCUUAGUUACGGCACAUAUCUGUUAUUUUGAUUGACGUAUAUUGGACUGGUUUCAUUAAUGUUAAGUAUUAAUUUAAUUUAAUUAUAGACUUACAUGGUUAUGUCUGAUGGGCAAAAACACAGCUCUUAAGAAAAUAAAAGUAAAAUUUGAAAGAAUAGAAAAAUAUUAUGAAUAUACCUUUUUAAGAUUUGUGCUUCAAUGA